AUGAAACUCGACGAAUCAACGAUUUAUGUCGCUCCGACGCCGUUCGCAGAUUCAUCAGCACAUGUUGAGGAUGUGCCUAAUACGUAUGAAAAUGAAGUUACAUCUGCAAAGCCGAUAAGUAAAUGGGCAAAAGUGAGAACUCUUAACCGCCAAAUUGUACCUCGUACAUCACAAGGAGAAAUCAAAUUAAAUAGUAUUAUCGAUGAACUGAAGAGAAUUUCUUUGGAAGAACGAGAACCUUCGCAAGAUGAACAGGCUCUUAUAACAACUCCACUGGGCUCUUUGAGAGCGUUUCGCCGACGAAUAACAAAUUAUCUUCAACAACCAACGUUCCAUUACAUUGUUAUUUUGUUAGUCGUUACAGAUCUAAUCGUUGUUCUCGUCGAUCUGGUGCUCGCACAAUUGUCUUCGCCAUGUUUGACCGACGAGGAGAUGAAAGAAUACAAUAUAACUGAGCAACGUGAUACAUGUUUACUCGAACACUCGGAUAGUUUGGUCCGCGCUGACUUGUUUCUAUUCUAUUUCUCUGUUUUACUACUGACUUUAUUUGUCGCCGAAGUUUUCAUUUCAUUCUACGGAUUUGGAUGGAGAUAUUUUCAAAAUCCAUUGUAUCUACUCGAUGGACUAAUCGUAUGUGCGUCUUUUGUAAUGGAACUAUAUUUUCAUUAUGGUCAAAUAGGCAGAGCAGGACGUGCUGCAGCUGCUAUUGUUAUUCUACGCUUGUGGAAAAUCGUUCGAGCUAUUCACGCUGUUGCUCAUUCGAUAACUUUGAAGAAUCGCCUGCUAAUGAAAAAAAUUCAAGAAGCAAAAGAUAUUUUAUUAGAGGAAAAACAACAGACACAGCAAGCGAUGGAAAAGCAAGAAAUUCAAAUUCAAUAUUACACUGAUAUAUUAACUUCGCUGGGUAAAUUACCCACCACUAAACAGCUUGAUAAGCAUAUUAGUCAUAUAUUGGAGGAAAAAAACAAACCGGUUUAG